CACACAGAUGGCCAGUCCGCCCCUGCAUGGGACACAAACCGCAGUCUCUUGGGGAGAGAACCAAGCUGGUGUACUCCAUGUACAGCCGCAUGUCUGCAGACACAGUGAAGGGGAACCUGAUGACGCUGGGGGUGGACUUCUUCGUCCUAGAGGAUUCCUGGUGCACCCGGAGAACCAGGCCCGGGUGCAGCAUGCCUGAGAUCUGGGACAUUGAGGAUUCCCAAAACGUGGGUAAAGUUCCCCUUUGCACCCACAUGUCCAGAAGCUCACGACCCCACUUCACCACAGUCUUCUCCAACGACAUCUACAAAGUUCUAAAAGUCUCCAAAGAUCUCAGAUAACACAGUGAGAUGGACUAGUUCAGCACCUGUUGAUCUUUCACUAGGUUUUGAUCAGUCACUGCCAUUGCUGCUUUUUACUCGAAGCCCAACGGUCCCCCCUCUUUGCGGUGCUGUGAUUCACUGAGCGGUUGGACAUUUCGCCCUGACUUCUCAGUAUCUGUGGACUGUUGCCAACCAUCUUUACUGCUGCAUUGUUUUCAUACAGCAAUGUUUCCAUUACACCAAAAGGUUUCCGAGCUUUUUAU